AAAUGAUGCAACGUGGUCCUGCAUGUGGAAAGUUGGAAAUUGAACGAAUGUUCGUGUUUUGAUACGAAUAGUAGUGAAAAUGUAAAUUCUCAGUGUUUUUUUCGCCUAUUUGAAACCCUAUGAGAAUUUCAUUAAAUUAUUAAUGUUCUUGACCGCGUAAACACUGCCUUUUCUCACUCCGGUGAGGAGAAAAUCGCGUUUCUUUUAGCUCCAUGUGCAAUGUGAAGUCGACGACGACCAUUUUUUGGAUGCGUUUUCAUGGCCGAUAAUUUGCUACAAGGGCUUCAGGCGGCCGCAAAUGCGACAUCACAGGCAGGGGUGAGUUUCUUGCUAACCAUUUUUCUUCUGAACGGUUCAGUUGGCGUUCGAACAUCAUAUAGCAAUGCAAUCGUGUACAGAUUAUAUAUUGUCAUUAACAUUAUUCUUAUUAAUUUUUUUGGCCAAUAACGAUAGGCUCUGCAAUAUUUUGAACAGCUAAAGAAUUCCCCAGACGGCUGGAAGCUAUGUGGUGAUGCCCUAAUUCGAAAUCUUUACAGGUAAUUGAAACUUGAUAUUAAAGUUAAUUGUCUUACUGUGGUAUUAAGUCGUUAACGUUUUGGACCUCAUUGAGCAUUAUUUCAGAACUUGAUUAAAAAGAUGCAUUGUUUGAUAUAAUUUAUUUUGACUUUAUGUUAACAUUCAUAAUUCAUAUGCAACUAUAUAGUACAUUAUCUUUCAUUCAAAAUAGUUUCUCUAUUUCUGAUUGACCAAAUUUGGAUAGUCUGGAACCAGCUCCGCAGUCAGCGAAAAGGGGAAAAAACAGGGUCAAAGAGGAUAAAGCGGUGGCCUGGAGGGGGGAGGGGAGGAGAUGUAGCAGAGCCUAAAGACAUGCCUUUGAUGCUGCCAUUCUGUGAUGCCAUUCUGGUGUCAAAUGUCUUCAUGUUAACAGAUUCGCGGGUCUGUGGACAGUAUCACGCUCUUUCAAUAUCAUGCUCAUGCAAUUCGGGAAAAGAUUUUAAACGAUGAACAAGGGUGGAUUGGCGGCAGCAACGCAUUUCUUCAGGCUCUACCUUUCUCCUCUCCAGACUUUCUCUUGGCCCGCUUUGCUUCGCUAUAGCAAAGACCCCACUAUACAGCCUGUAACCAACAAUUUUUUUGGUACCAUGGCACUUCGUUAUAGUGGGGUUCCAUCAAAAUCCUGCAAACAAGCUAGGGCUUGCGGGAAAUGAACAAUUAAGGCAAGUGGGAUUUCAAUUUGACUUGCUGAAUGCUCCCAAUCUUCUUGCAGCCCUGACACCUAAAAACAACCGAAACAGACUGCUUAUCUUGCCGGCUACACAGGCUAAUGUAACUAGACAUGCAGGGCUCGAAUUUAAAAAAAUCCUCAGGUCUCCUUUUGGCAAACAACUGGAGAAAUAUAGUCGCCAGAUGCCAAUUUCUAGUCGCCAGUUUUUAUAAUGUAAAUCACGCAGCUCAGGGCUUGUGAUAUUUCGCGCAGUUGCGAAGCCGUGAAAUUCAGGUAAAUCUGCGAAAUUCACAAAAGCAAGCAAAACACUGCGAAAUUCGGUAGAAAUCUUAUAUGAGAUACAUGUCUGUACAACUUAUUUGAAAUUUAUCUCAGCAAAUUUAUCUUGAAACUUUGUCACUGAAACAUGCAAACGAGGUCCCGAAACUACCAGGCAUAGAUUAUGUUGGAAAAACUGGGCACUAGCCAUGACGUUAAAGGCUUUGCCAUUGGUUCAUUUCUGGAGCAUAUUGUUGUUGAAAGAGCAAAAUAAUGAUGACCUCUGUUUGAAAAACGUUAAAAAGGCUGGUCUGAUCAGCCAAUCGAUUUCUAGUGAAUUUUCCCUGAAAAUAACCACAAAAUCGGCCGUUUUUUUCCAGUUGUUUUUAGGCGAAGUUUGCCCCAAAAACUGCUGCGAAAUUGGCCGAUUUUUCUGGGAAUUUGUCCCUAAAAAUCCCACAAAAUUUGACUUUUUUUCCGCGACCUAUCAGAAGCCCUGUAUAGAAUGGCACGAUCCAUCAGAUUUGAAAAUAUCAACGAUAGAAGUUGGCAUAAAUUUGGAGGUAAACUGGCUUUGUUUAUGCGAUUUGGCACAUUUUUUAUGAUGAAAGCAAAGCAAGAUAAUAUGAAAUGUUUGUUUUAACUUUAGUCUUUUAAUUUAAAUCUAAAGCAUAGAAAAAUCUGGUUGCCUCUUUCUGGUGACUAAACCAAAACGUUUAGUCUCCAAGGAGAAAAUGUUAGUUGCAUUGGCGACCUUAUCACUCGCAAUUUCGAGCCCUGACAUGUCAUAAAGUUAUUAUAGUGAGGUUUCACUGUACCUGCAAAAAGGCAAGACAUCAACAUCCCACAAACAAGCUAGGGCUGGGGUGAAAACAAGAAUUGGGGCAAGUGGGAUUUCCAUUUGACUUGCUAAAUGCUCCUAAUCUUCUUGUGGCUUCGAUCAAAACGAAAAACAACAGCAAUAACCUGCUUGUCUUGCCAGCUACAAAGGCUAAUCAGCUAUGUAGCUAGACAUGCCAUAAAGUAUGUUGCAGUUAUUGAAAAAGUUAAUUAUUUGAAAAAACUUUGUUUGUUUUUACCUAUGUAUAUAAAUACCCAGUUAGCACAGUUUAGACUCUGGACAGUACACUCCUCUUAAGUAGACAGCUCUUCUUUCAGCUUAUAUCAGUUUUUUUCACGUACCUGCCAGUUACGCUUCAAAACACCACUUGAAUUUUAUGCUUGUGCCUGAAUUAUGGCAUUGUCUGAGCAACUGUAUGAAACAGUUUUUUUUUUUUGGUAUCCCGGUAUUUAUUCAUUACAGAAAUGCACCCAUUGAUUAUUGACGAUCAUGAAAAAUGACAUAGAGUUUCUAUCAAGAAAUCCCCCGUGUAUAUCCUUUUCCUGAUUAUUGUUCUUGCUAGGAAUACCACAAAAUAAUUUAAGAAUAAAACUCCACGCAACUAACAAUACUUCAGUCUAUCUGUCUAAAUUUAAUCAAAAUAAGCACAUGUCAUUUAAACCCUUUAAAAUUGAUUCCAACACUUAAAAUAAUGGUAACAUACCAGUUUGUAUUGUUUCUGCAUUAUUUCUGGAAAGUGUGAGAAUUGUCAAUCACUAUAAAGUUCAUAAGAGACCGAAAAUGGCUUUAUGGGUACCCCACUAUUCACAUUAUUUGACAUUUAUCAAUGGAUGCCAAACUGCAAUGUUGUAGGUGAGUAAGCUCCCAUAAGCUGCAAAUGAUAUGACCCAUUCACCUCUAGUGGCUGCAGACGAGAACCAUUCUUGUAAGUGAUUAGCUUCAGUUAUGGACACAUUUCUCUCAUCUCAAGGGUGCCACUCACAUGAGCAUCUAUUCUAGUACAUGUACGUAGCUCCAGUAUCACAUCAACUGGCUUGUGUAUGGGUGUGAUAUGAGAACAUUUCAUCUGCCUUUAGCCUCCUAGGCAGACAUUCUUAUUGGUUUCUUUUUUGUUGUUGUUUUAGUGAUGAAAGUGUCAAGUUCUUUUGCUUUCAAGUAUUAGAGCAUCAUAUAAAAACAAGGUAAAAUUAAACAUUGAUAAUUUCUAAUUAUAAUGAUUAAUAAUAAAUUUUACAUAAUUAUUAUAAUGUGGCAUCCAUUUUAAAAUUAAUCUUCCUUCCAUGGAAAAAUCAAAAAGGUUUUAUUCUGCUGGUUGAUCUGCCAUUUUAAAGUUUUGUCUGCCAAAUUAUUCUGAAUAACUCUUAUUAAAAGAUGUUAUCUGAAAAUUUAAUUUUUAAAUAUUUACUCACUUGGUAUGAUAUUAUGUAGGCUAUUAUGAUGAAAAACAUUCAACUAGAGACAAUUGGGUUUAAUUGUUUUCUUACCAGGAAUAACUUACAAACAUUUGAUCAUUAGCUGUAUUCAGUAUAAACAUGCUUCAGUCUCCUGUACUGUACAAGACAUCUUGGAUGAUCUUGUCUAAGUGUGUGAUCCUCAAAAAAUGGCUAUUUUUUUUUAUUUUUUAUUUUGUGCACAGACAUGUGUCAUCAAAUCUUGUAGAUCAACAAGCACUCAGAGAGAUUCUUUUGACCUGGCUACGAAAUCAGGUACACUAGGCUAAUUUACUCUACAGUAGAAUCCCAAGGAACAUUUUCUCUUUUUUUGCCCCUCACCCUAGAUUGCAAUGUCUGUCUUUAGGUGAAAAAGGAUGUCUUGCUAAUACCUUUGACAUAUUAUUAUGGGCUAGACUCUCUCUCUGUCUUUCAUCAAAAUUGAAACAACUUGUUUUAUGUCAAAAGGUAGAGCAAAAUUGUCAAACUUUGUUUUUUAUAGUUGUGCAAAGAUACAUACUGUAAAAGCGGACAUAAGUGCAUUGGUUUGCAAAGCCUUGAGAGUCUUACUAGCACCUUUGUUCUUUGAAUUCUUAUACAUACACUGUAGUGGUAAUUGUAACAUUUUUCACUGCGAUUUUUCAUUGACCCUUGUUGUAACUUUUCAGUGUUGUACCGAGUCAGAUAACAAGAAUUUCUUGAAGAACAAGGCAGCACAAGUCUUUAGCUUGAUCUUUGUGUGUGAUUAUCCUGAGAAGGUUGGCUGAUUUAUUGCUAUUUCAAGUGUAAUGAGCGUGAAUGCUGAUACCCUAAAUUGUAACUUGUGCCUGGAUUUCAUUCAGUGUGAGAGAACUUCAUUUAAAUUCCUGCCUCUUUCACAAGCUCAGCCAGCAAGAAAAACAUUUUUUUUUUCGCAUUUAAACCUAUUGACAAUCAGGUAACAACUGCGACUCUUGGUGAAAGUAGGUGCCCAGGAUGACGAGGGUCUUGCACUUUUGUCACAGUCAGCCCUUAGACAGUGUUAUGCCCUCAAGCCUUCCAGCCAUGAGCCCCCACACCAAUGGAACCAGGCACCUGUCCCAAUGAUUUAUCAGAUAAAAAUUAAAGGGAGGGAAGGGUUGGGGGAAAGGCACAAUCUAAAGGCUGAACAAAGUGAGUAACUGCCUUGAAAGCAUUGUACUAAGCACAUGGAGCUGAUGUUAGCAAGGCUGACUGCGCUUGAGCCACCACACUGACCUCUGAGCAACAACACACGAUGGCUCUCCUUGUUAUUAACUGCAUUAAAUGUUGUUUAACUUCAUGUAACAUUUUUCUUCUCGCUGUAGUGGCUGCUGUUUUUCUCAGACCUCCUCCAGUGCUUGCAAUAUGGAGCAUUAGCUGUGGAUAUGUAUCUUAGGAUUUUGAAGGCAAUUGAUGAGGAAGUGGUUGAUAGAGAUGUGAUAAGGAGUCAACAGGUUAAUUUUGUGAAUUGUUUUAAAAACUGUAAUGCUACAAUUUCCAUUGGUGAAAAUAUAUCUCCAACAGAGAGGGGUACAAUCAAACAGAAAUUGAUUAGCUAGGUUCAAUUCUAUAUAAUAUUGUACUACCUAACAUCUCAUACAAGCAGCUUGAAGCCACUGAAGCUGAACCCAUUUUAGUGCGUGUCUGUAAAGCAGGUUUGGACUGUACCUAAAUUUUUUAUUUGCCUAAUAUAAAAGCUUGUUAAAGCUUGUCAUUUAAGUUGUUUUUGUUGUGACAAAGUUCACCAUGCCAAACACAUGAAGUUGUGAAUAUGAAUCUAAACAUGCUGUGCAAAGGGCUACGCUGUACAUGUGUGAAAUUGCUCCUUAUGAAAAUCAAAAUUCUUUGGAGUUAAAACAGUGCUUCUAGAAUCUUGCUUGUCACAUCUUGAAACUUGUGUAAAGACUCAACGAUUUGAUUUAAGACUGCCAACUUUUGUGGAGUUUCCGUUAUUUGUACUUGUACAAGUAUGUAAAACCAUUUACUGAUCAAUCAGUUUAGAAGCUGAAUGAAAUUUUUCUUCCAUGAACAGGAAGCAGAGAGGAACACGAAAAUUAAAGAUCACAUCAGGGAUACGUGCGUCACAGAGCUCGUUGACUCUUGGUUUCAGAUUCUGGUAGGUGGGAAUCUUGUAUUUUGGUACAACAAUGAGGUUGAGGUUUUGCUGACGGUUUUUUUUAUUACGUUUUGUAUGCAGAAAACAUAUGAAAAUAGUGUGUCAUCAAUAACAUGCCUUUGCCUGGACAUUAUUGGAGCAUAUAUUGAAUGGAUCGAUAUUGGCCUGAUUGCAAACGACAGGUUUAUCAGGUAAUGUUCAUUGAAUAGGGGCGGAGUAAAACUAAUGCAGACUGUGGACUACACGGAAUGAUAUUUUUAGGGUUAGAAAACAAUGGGACUUUUGGUGAAAGAAUGAAAGAUGGUAAAAUUUGAACAUACACCCUGUAAUAUAAUUUAUGGCCUCCCUCUCCAUGAGUUCUGCGUAGGUCAAGUGGAUAGAGCACCCACCCGGUGUUUGGGAGGUCAUAGGUUUGAAUCCUGUCAGGGACUAAGAUUUUCUCUUUCUUCGUGAGAUGCUGAUUAUUUCAUUUUUUGCAAUGUUACUUUUGUUGUCACAUUGUCAUUUGCUUUGUGAAAACAAUAGUUAUCAGUCUGUGUUUUACGAUGACUGAUGGUAAAAAUGUUUCGUUUGCUCUGUGUUAUUGUGUCCUUUCAAUUCUCAUAAAGUCAGUUUUUGCAAGUAGCCUUUCAGUGGUUAAGUCAACUGGCAGCUGAUAAUGUGGAAAAGCAUCAUUUCUCAUUGCUGAAAACUGUAAAAAGAGGAUUUUACUAUUAGCACAACCUUUGAUUUUGUGUCCUGCUUACAAAUUGAUAAUGUGUUUUUGCAGUACCUUUCUCCGGUACAUGUCAGUUGAAGUUCUUCGGGAGAGCGCUUGUGAUUGCAUACAUGAGAUUAUCAUGAAGGGAAUGGAGCCACUGGCAAAGAAAGAACUGGUGGAAUCUCUUCUGAGUGUUCUGGAGAAAAGCGGUAUCCUUGAACCACAAGAGGUACAUGAUUAUUCAUGUCUAAGCAUAACAUUUUUGUCCAAGAUUAUAUUAUAGCUUCAAUACACGGUUUCCACCAUAUUCCCAGGGGUGAAUGGGUUAAUGUAAUUUUUGUUUAAUUUGUCAUUUGAAUCAUCACUUUUAGGAUGAAGAUGCUGACUUCAUGGCCAAGUUAGCAAAACUGAUGAGUGCUUCAGGAUCACAGCUUCUAAACAGCUACACAAAGUAAGAGAUUAUUGAUUUGCUAACAAAAUUUCAAGGUGUGUUCUAGCAAGACAAUACUUUAGAGAGACUGAGAGUUGCAUUGUCAGGAAACAGAAAAUGUCAACUUCAAGUUUAGAAUUAAUUUCUCAAAAUUGAAAACAUGCAGCUAAAAACAAGACAUAACUAAUGUGAAGCUACUAAGUUUUUGGUAGAAGUAAACAGUACAGCACAACGAAGUUAGGGGACAACUUGGUCAAGUGGUACAAAUUUCAUGUUUGCUGUAAACAUAACUUGACCUAAAUCUUUCUACAAUCCUGGACAACCGUCCUUGGGACAGUACUGCAAUAUUCAUAUUUUUCUGUCAUUUCUUGGUUCCCUCAUUAAAACAGUCAUCCUUUUCGAAACUUUCGUUCAGUUCUCCCUCCCCCCAACCCUAUACAAUGUACAAAGUUGAAACUCGUAAAAAAUUCAGGAUACACGCAGCCAACAUUGUUUGUGGGGUGAGGGGAGGGUUGGACCCAUGUUAACUGGAAAACAUCCCAGAAAUGCAAGUGUCCCUAGACUUUUGUCCAUGAUUGUAGUUUUUCCUGGCUUUUCCAUCGGCUAAUCCUUCCUAUCUCCACUUUCUCUUUACCCUUUUUCCUUGCAUCCUCUGCCCGCCCUCACUCACCUACACUCACUGUCUGUUGUUCCUCAAGUUAAAUGAUGGCCUUCAUAGUACUAGCAUCAGCAUGACUCUUUUGGCAAGGAACUGACAUUGGCCUUUGCUUUACUUACCCUGAAAGUUCUAGUGGCACUUCACGGCCGUUUAGAGAGUGAAACAAUAAUAAUAAUAUUAUAAACCCCUUAAGCCCAAAUGUCCACAUGUAACAUUUGAUCUACAUGCAUGCAAGCAUUGUUCCCUUUAUAGUGAUCAUUUUGGCAAUUCUCAUAAACUCUUCUCUUGAUAAUGUAUUAAAAUAGUUAGGAGAAAAUUGAUGUUGAUUACUCUUAAGAGUCUAUGGGUUAAACUGACUGCACACAUUUAAUUUAAAUAAUCAGAUAAUCUUGACAUUUGUUUUUAGGCUGCAGAAGGCUGGAGAGACAGAAGGUGCAGCCAAGUGCUUACAGUCAGCUGAAGAAAAACUACAGUAUCUUUUUAGGUAAACUUAAGUAAUUAAUUAAUUAAAUUGUCUUUAUGGCAGUAACACAGUAACUGGUCACCCAGGAGUUUUAAUCGUGGUCCACAAUAUAACAAGAGAAUAAACAAAUAGUUAGGUAUUAAAAUAAACAUAAAAAGGUAAAGAAUCCCAACUGGCCGCCAGAGGAAACCAGUUGGGUAUUGAGAAAUAACUGUAUAACAAGAUAAUAAAUUAUAGCAAUGAAGAUUAAGAGCGACUCUGCAUAAAUAUCAACUAGAGGUGGAAAUAGUCAAAAAAUGACCUGGCCUCAAACUCAGCCAGAAUAAAGCCCUAUGGGCCCUAGUUACAAAAUCGUUGGUUUAAGUACGAUCGAGUGAAUAAUAUUUUUUUAACGAAUUUUUUUCUUCCCAAGGCCUAAAAUGGGCAAAAAUCGUACAAAAUUAGAGUCAUAUUCAGUAACUCGUAAAUUUUAAAAUAAAGUUGGCAACUAAAAUAUAAUGACACUUCGUAUUUUUACUAUCUUUCCUCAAUAAUUUUAACUGAUUAGUUCGCGAUUUGGUCAACAAGAGAUUUUUAAAGAAAUUUUCAAAGUUGUUGACUCAAAAUCGCUUAAUCAACCGUCAAAAUUUAGCACUUUUCCACGAGCUAAAAAAGCGGAAAGAAAGUCUGAAAGAGCAUUCUUUUUUCUUCAAAUUAGCGAAAUAAAAUUUUUGGGUAAAUGAAAUCACGAGCGCUGAAAAAGCCAAGCAAAUGUAAAUAUUACACUAAAAAUGGGCGAAAAAACGUGACCUCUGACCGAAGCACAACCAAAUGCGAAUUACGGUAGGCGCCAAACCUUUAAUUAUUCGGUAAAUUCUUGAGACAAUAUUGGUCCGAAAUGUGUAUAGAUUGUUUAAAUAAAGCUGAGUUAAAGUAUUAAGUGUCAAAAAGUCCACAAAGCGGUAAAAACUACAACAAAAGUCACGAGUAAUCUGUUCCGUGUUCUGAAUUUUACGCAGCGAUUUAUGCGAUUUAAUGAAUUAACAAUUUUUAAUCCAACGAUACCCACCUGAGACUGUGUUAGUUUAAGAGUCCAUAGAACUUCUCAGACAAUUCCUCGGAAAGACCUCCAGAAGGAAAUGAAUGAAGAAUUUGAACUUAUAACUGUAACAAUUUCACUUGCCGCCACGGCAAUGAACGAAAACAACUGUCGAACUGCCACAGGCAAACCAGCUUUCAGUGGAGUCAUGCAAAGCAUGUCACGUCACGUAAUUCUGUGCCCUAAAAUAUUUAUGAAAUAAAACUAGCUGUGGACUGUUUCAUCUUUGCCCUCCCUUGAGGGCAAAGGUGCCUCUUCCGCCGAUAUAAUCUUGGACUUGAUGAGCAUCCCCACAAAGGAAAAGUGGGAAUUUUUUUUCAUCUUUGAUCUCAACAACGUUAGCCUCAAUUUUUUCAUUUGACCUUCGCUUUAUUUACAGACUGGUAUAAAUAGGAAAAUAUGACUCCCCUGAAAAUGCCAUCAAGGAGGGUAAAUGUUUGGUUGCCUCUUAGGCCAAAUUCACUUCAGGGAUCCGGAUUUCUUGUCAGUGGAACUUGUGGAAGGCACAAAUGUAAUAACUGCACCCAAGUGUAAUAAAGGUCUAUCCGUAAUAACAUUUGAACCCAAGUGUAAUAAAGGUUUCAUCUGUCAUGACUGAGAUAAUAUGAGACAUGUCCACAACAGCCUAAACAUGGUUAUCUUAACUUAAAAAGCUGACAUCACGGUUCAUGUGACCAAACAGAACUAGAAAAAAAGGAACGAGAAAAAAUGCCAUAGAAUCUAGCAAUGUCUCUCAGUUAAAGUUUUGGCAAAUUUUUGCUAUGAACCAUGCUUUUAACAAAUAAAUAUGUCAUUCCCGUUCGCUUACACAAAAGUGCCAGGCUAAACAAUUUUAAACCCAGUGGACUGAUCUGUUAUUAUUCUUUCCCCUCUGUCUUCUUGUCAUUUUCACUAUUUCACUCACGGCUGAAUUUUAUUGAUAGGAUUUCAUGACUGUCAGUACUUUGCAAAAAUAAGUUCCCGCAAAUAAAAAUUACCGCACAAAUAUUACCCGUAAAAACUUACUCCGGAGGAAAUACUGUAUGCUCUAACUUAAACUACACAAGAAUACAGUACCAAGAAAUCGUGUCUGUUCAAUCACAACUGGUCUCUUUUUUUCAGAAAAAUACUGACGCACACUUAGUAUUGUUUGAAAAUAUGUAUUUCUAUUGCACGUACUCAAUAAAAACGACAAUAUUAUCAGUGCUGGGUACUGGGUACUUUCUGAAAUCGCAAAAAUUGAUCCCCAGCAAGAAAAACCAGUCUGUCCUAAUCGCAAAAAUUAGUUCUCACAAAACUAAAAAAACCGCCAAUCCGCAAAAAUAAACUCCCACAAAAAUUUCGUUCCACACGGUAUCCGCUAGAAAAAUGAUCGGUCUUUUGAUCAACCAGGGCCAGGGACCCGUUUCUCGAAAGUCCCGAUAAUUAACGGGCCUGGUAAGCUGUCUCCGUUUACAUUAAAGAUCGAGGUUUUAAUAGUUUUGCAUCUAACAUGAUAAGACUAUCAGUUAAUGAAACAAAAUGGAGUAGUUUGCUAGCCAGGACCCGUGCUCUUAUUCUUUAUAUUUCGAUUUGAAUAUUUGAUUUCGGGCCCGAAAAGUUACCGGGACUUUCGAGAAACGGGCCCCAGGUCGUUAUUUUUGGUUCCUUACUUGCGUCAGUUCAGGUUUAUUAGACUACCUUUGUAAUCACCGAUUAUGUUUAUAAUUAUGUACUUUAGUUUUAAAUUCAAUUUUUGUAACGACCCCACAGUAUCAGCCCACGAGAAAGGUUCGUGUUCCAAACGGACUAAUAUCGGAAAAAAUGAUAUCAUGUGUUUUCGUUUGUUUGUACUGGCUUUCUUUUCUCUUUUCGCCGAUCAGUUCCUUCGAUUUUGUCCUUUCAACUUGUCCAAAUCUUUUUUUGAGAUCUGAAUGUGGCCACUACUUCAUUGGCUUCCGAAGAGCUCAUUCCCUGUUGUUGGCUUUUAGUCGGGAUGUUUCAACACAAGGAACCACGGAACCACAGGAAACCGAAUGAUUAGAAAGACUCGCAACAAAUAUGUCUCUUGUUCCUCUAGGUUACACUAGAGUAACAUAUCUUUGCCAGGGGGAGAUCCAGGAAUUUUGCAUUGGGGGGGGUGGGGGGAGAAGGUCCAACUUUUGGUUCAGAAAGGAUUGUUGAACUUUUUUGGGGCAAAUUAGUUUUCCUCCACACCCCCUCCCACUAGUCACUGAUAAGGUAGAGACGACUACGUGUUUCUCAAUCUGUGAAAGCCAGUCGCCACUGGCACGGGAAAUACUGCUUUGCGACCAGAGGCGAACAGAUCAUUGGAGGGUACCCAAUUACAAUCACAUUUUUUAAUAUCCCUGGAAUUUAGUUUAGUGGAAAAUUACAACACGCGUUUCAUUAAAAAAUUCAGCCAGUUAAAACAGUGACGUGCAAUCCUAUUGUUGUAAGGAUUUUAGUCUCAAACAAGUAUCGGGUCUGAUGGGGGGUCCGGACCCCCCCGACCCCCCCCCUGGAUCCGCCACUGCUUUGGUGCCCUUUGAUAUCCUUUCUACAGCAUUCGGUAUAAAUUCGAACACACCAAUUGCUAGCUAUAGAUGCACGUUCUGAACUUGAAACACAAUCAUUAUAAACAGCAGAUAAAAUAAAAGAAGUGCACAGCACCCCUCGAGCAAAAACAGGGGAAAAAGUUAUUCUUUUCUUUAACUAGUUGCAAAAGAUACAUUCCAAAGCUUGUUUUAUUUCAUAAAUGUUUUAGCGCACAGCAUGGAAGGAUUUCUUCCCUCCUUCCCAAAUGCGUGGGGCAGAAUUACGUGACGUGACAUGCUUUGCAUGACUCCACUGAAAGCUGGUUUGCCUGUGGCAGUUCGACAGUUGUUUUCGUUUUGCCGUUGCGGCAAGUGAAGUUGUUACAGUUAUAAGUUCAAAUUCUUCAUUCAUUUCCUUCUGGAGGUCUUUCCGAGGAACCGUCUGAGAAGUUCUAUGGACUCUUAAACUAACACAGUCUCAGGUGGGUAUCGUUGGAUUAAAAAUUGUUAAUUCGUUAAAUCGCACAAAUCGCUGCGUAACAUGCAACAGAUUACUCGUGACUUUUGUUGUGUUUUUUACUGCUUUGUGGACUUUUUGACACUUAAUACUUUAACUCAGCUUUAUUUAAAAAAUCUAUACACAUUUCGGACCAAUAUCGUCUCAAGAAGUUACCGAAUAAUUAAAGGUUUGGCGCCUACCAUAAUUCACAUUUGGUUGUGCUUCGUUCAGAGGUCACGUUUUUUCGCCCGUUUUUAGUGUAAUAUUUACAUUUGCUUGGCUUUUUCAGCGCUCGUGAUUUCAUUUACCCAAAAAUUUUAUUUCGCUAAUUUGAAGAAAAAAGAAUGCUCUUUCAGACUAAACAAGCGUUGGUGUUCAAAGCCAUGUACCAAUCCCCUUUUUUAGCUCGUGAAAAAGUGCUAAAUUUUGACGGUUGAUUAAGCGAUUUUGAGUCAACAACUUUGAAAAUGUCUUUAAAAAUCUCUUGUUGACCAAAUCGCGAACUAAUUAGUUAAAAUUAUAGAGGAAAGAUAGUAAAAAUACGAAGUGUCAUUAUAUUUUAGUUGCCAACUUUAUUUUAAAAUUUACGAGUUACUGAAUAUGACUCUAAUUUCGCAUGAUUUUUGCCCAUUUUAGGCCUAGGGAAGAAAAAAAUUCGUCAAAAAAUAUUUAUCACUCGAUCGUACUUAAACUAACGAUUUUGUAACUAGGGCCCAUAGGGCUUUAUUCUGGCUGAGUUUGAGGCCAGGUCAUUUUUUGACUAUUUCCACCUCUAGUUGAUAUUUAUGCGGAGUCGCUCUUAAGAGGUUUUUUUGUACCUUUUGUUUUUUUUUCCUUUAGAUUUUUAGACCAUGAAGAUGAUGAUGUUUCACAAAAUGUUUCUGGAUUUGGGUAUUCUUACUUAGCUGUCUUGAAACAGGUACAACAAUCAGUGGGUAAUUUUUUUUGCCUAGUAACCUGUAUCUGUAAACGCUUAGAUUGAAAAUCAAACAUAUUGAAAAAAAGGCUGCUGCCUACCUGGUGCUCGGUUGCCAGAGGCACCUCUGAUUUACCCUCAUGCAACCAAAAUUUCAAACAGGCAGCCCGAACGGGUGCCUAAAACUUGAUUCUCAGGCUAACCUUUUGGUGAACAAACAAUAAAAUUCCCUGCUCAUUUUACAAUUUUCGAGUGGUGAAAAAUGCCGGUUUCUCAAAACUGAAAACUCAGUUUUCCUGUUUCAAAACUCGACUUGUUUGAGUCUCGAGUGUUUUUCCAGUUUUGUCUUGUCAUGCAACGCUCCUUAGCAUUGUGUGAUGGUCAAAAUCGGCUGUUAGGCAGACUUAGAUUUCGAGCAAUUUUUUAAGCCUUUGAAAGGGUUAGAUAGCUCCCUCUACUCUAAACACUGUCACUGAUCAUGGGAUAUUUGUUAACUCAACUUCCACACAGAUUACAAAUCCAAGUGAACAACAAAAGGCAAACUUAAGGGUAAGUAGUGGCUAUACAUAAUUAUACCUCAGAUACAAUUCUUUGGACCCCAAAAUUUUACUAAAUAAAUUUUGCCAUAAAUACACUUUUUUUGUCAAGGUAAGAAAUAAAGUUGUUUUAAUCUCUGGUAUCCUCAUUUCUGUAGGGAAUGCUGCAUGUUGUUAUCAAGAAGAUGAAAUAUGAUGAGUCGUACAAUUUUGAACGGGAGGUAAUGAUUUAAUUUCUUUGAUAUUUCCAUAUCCUAGCAGCUCCAUACCUAGUCAAGAUGGAUGGAUAAAUCCUCAUAUACUAUUUAGCUGUUCACGUUUGUGAUCUUUCAGUUUUGUGAUCUUUUCAGGGCGAAGACGAAGUUAUGUUCAUGGAAUACAGAAAAGAAAUGAAAAUUCUUUUUGACAACAUUGCUCAACUGGUAAUGAUUGAUUUUGUGUCUCUCUGUUUGACUUUCAAUCCCUAAAGCAUUUAAUCAGGGUUGUCACUAAGAUUUUAAGUUGCCGGGUAAAUACAACAAGUAGGCGGGGAAUCAAACGGCUAGGGAUUUCUUUUAGUUCUAUUUUUCUUAUACUUUCCAAUAAAAGUAGCCGCGGGCAACUCUCUUAGUAGCCAGGGAAAAUCCCUGGCCCCCGGCUCUUAAUGACAACCCUGAUGUAAUAAAAGAAAUGAUUAUAUUUAAUCUCUUUGUUUUUAUUCUUGUAGGAUCCUGACCUGGUGUUGGUCUCAGUUCAUAACAUUUUGAAUUCAACAUUUGGGUGAGUGUUAGAAUUUUCUGAUGAAAUAAUACAGGCCUAGAUGAUCUCCUCCUUGCUCAAACUCAUUCUUUGGCAUGUCAGUUAAUAAACACUUUGCAAUGACAUCGAGCUCAAUAUAUAGCCAUAUACUGUAGUAAUAUUAUUGUACAACAUUGAAAUUUGAGCUAAUUGUGUACACCCCCAAUUGUUUAUUUUUCCUUUUGCUGAUUAGCACAGUAUAAAACAGGAGAAGAUAUGGUGUUAUAAGUAAUAAAAUAAGUAAAUAAAUACAUAAUUCCAGUAUUUACCCUCGGCAGUAUUUACAGAGCUUAUGCUAGUGGGGCUGAGCAAAUUCCUGAAACAAAUAAUUCAAAUCAAACUUAACAGGGUUAAGAAUCCCAACUGCCAGAGGCAAACCAGUUGGCUAUUUACAAGCGUGACCGAGGAUUUGAACUGGGGACUACCAUGAACAAAUCCAGCUAGCGGUCAGGGAGGGCCUUGAACUCGGGGCCUCCGAAUUGCAAGUCCAGUGCUCGAACCACGGGGCCAUGCUGCCUCAUUUUGUACUUUAAGGCCCACAAACUUGGUGUAAAGCUUUUUAUCAUCUUACUUUAUCUUAAAUGCUACUCAAAGUAGCUUUCAUAUGAAUAACCACAGCUUAGAAUUUUCUUAGAAUACCCAAACAGCUAGAAUUUUAUUGAGAAUUAGGCACUUUUACUUCUAAAAAAAUGAUCUUGAGAUAAAUGUUGCAGGAAGCUAAUUAAUUCCUCCAGUUUUUUCCCCAGAAACAUAAAUUUAUUUGUAAUUUGUUCUGUGCAGGAAAUUAGAUGAAGCAAAAUUCAUGGAUGUUGAGAUAGCAGUGCGAGCUCUUUACAUGCUGGGUGAAGCCAUGUCGGUAAGGUUUUUUUUGAGUAAACAUGGUAUUCAUUAGGCAUCAGAGAUUAGACAAAUUCUGCGUAGUAAGGGUCAAUAGCCUUUGAAUAUUAUCAUGGAGCCUUUUUCAAGAUAUUCUCCUGUAACAUCACACCUUUCUCCUUCUUAUAGAACUGUAAAACCCCAUUUUUAGCCUAAAACUUCAUGGUGAACUUAGCACCAGCAUUGACAUUUAGGUGUAUUUUUCCCUGGCCUGGAUGGAAGACAAGCCAACUGUUUUUUUUUGUAGGCACAUACAGACCUGCAAACUCUCACGAUUCUGCUGUAUAUGAGUCUCACAAUUUUUGAACUUUUCUCACGGCCUCACGACAAGACUCCUAAUCUCACGGUUUUUUGGGAAAUAUCAUUCUGAUAUGAAAUGUUACUUUGCUUGUUGAAUAAAAAAGAAAUUUUGUGGGGAAUGCCUUUGCCUGUUAAAGCCUUGAUGGGGCUUUGUAAAAUGACUCUUUGCUAUACGUUUUGUCCCAGUGAUGACCUAUUCUGUGGCCUCUUAAAGUCAUCAAAGAAAAAGCGACAUCGAAUUUGCUACAGUAGGGACCCACCUGAUGCAGGGUAAUACAUAUUAGUAAAAUCUAACUAGUGGUCUAUUAUCAAUGCUGCGUUCUGAUUGGAUGAGCUACUACUAGGCUAUAUGUUAUAGCCCACUAGUAGAGAAAAGCGCGGGCUUUUUGGGGGCCAAAAAGGAUUAAAGUCUAGCUAAAAACUAGCUAAUUUUUUUUAUUCUCGUUAUUUUUUACCAACUAGUUGGAUGUUACUAAAACAAUUAUUCCUCUCGCCCUGAUGGCCUCUGAGUCAAUAGCCCUUUCGACCUUCGGCCUCAUGGGCUAUUGACUUAGAGCCCAUUCAGGCUCGAGGAAUAAUUGUUAAAUAAAUAAGCAGUAAACUCCUCCAGUGGAAAAAGGGUUUGUUUAAUCUUGAUUGGGAAAAAUAGAAUCUCACUAAUUUUUGUAGAAUCUCCUGAAUUUUUUUUUCAAGAGUCUCCAGAUUUUCCUUUAUCAGGGGCUGGCAGGUCUGCCCAUAACUGCGUAGUAUGGGGAUGGAUAUAGUGAGACUAUUGGGUCCCAUGCUAGGUGAUUUCCCUAGCUAUAUGCUCAUUCCCACAACUUAUUGAACCUAGAUUAAGGGAACUUAAGCAACAACAAUGGCAACGCCUUCGAAACUGUCACUUAAAAAGUGAAGUCGCGCUACCUCAAACUUUAUCGCAUUUAUUCCAUCUCAUUUAAUUCCUCAAAUGUUGGCAAUUUUUUUUGGAGUUGAACUCUGAAGGACUGUAUCAAAGUUCAGGAAAAGCAAAAGAAAGUUGUUGUCUUUGUGUUCCCUUCCUUGACAAAUGAAAUAAUGCACUUUCAAGUUGUAGUUGUGCAAUGACGGCAGAGAAAUGUGAUGCACAUGAAAAGUUGUUGUUUUGCUUUUCUAAACCUACUGCUUUUUUGUUGUUCUCGCUGCCGUCGCUGUCAUCAUUCCUUAAGGUCCCUUAAUUCAUACCAAUUACUUCCCUAUAGUGUGUGCAAUAACCUUUUUCAAAUUUUCAAUUAACAGACCCAACAAUUGUAUUUAGAUGCCUCCAAGUUUGCUGCUCUUCAACAAAUGCUGAGUUUGGUGAGCUUUAAUUUGUAUUAGAAAUUUUUUCUUGACAGUUUCUGUUGUAACUUUUACAUACUUCGACAGUGUAUUUGUUACAGAUCAAAUUAUAUUCAGGUUAGAAUUUUUUAACCUUCGGUAGGCCUAUUGUCUAUUUCCCUUGUCUCUUAACACCAGUUCAUGAGUAAUAAGGGCUAGGAGAUUAAAGUAAUUGAGAAUCAACCUAGGUUUCAAAAAUUUUAACCUGAAUUUAAUUUUGACCUGUAACUCCUUUGUUUGUAUCGUUUUCUUAUAAUGAGCUAAAACUUGAUAUUUAGCAACAGAUCUAGAGGAGGGGGCACCCUUUUCUCGCCCAAAUCAGAGCUACUGAUUGCCCCCCUGCCCCCCCCCCUCCCCGCCCCAUUACCUUGAGGUUUAGGUCCAACACUGCAUUAGUUUAAGUUUUUAAAGUUAAAUGAAUGUCCAAAAAUGCAAUAUUUGUGUUCUAUUUCAACAGCUUGUUACAAGUGGUGUUUCCUAUUACAGACAUUCUGCUGUUGCUCAGAUGGUAAUUUUGCUUUCAGCAACUAUUAAUUUCUUUGGAACAUCUCACUAAGCUAUUUAUUUAUUGUGUCGCGGAUUCCGAUGGUUUGUUUUUUUGUGCUCUUUCAGUUCUUUGAAACUGUUGUCAGAUAAAAUUAUGAUAGAUUCUUUUCAAGUCAGUCCCAGCAUAUUUCCACAGUACUGGUAAGAUUUGUUCUCUUGUUACAAAAAUAAUAAUUAUUGUUGCAAGUUAUGUAGAGGUAGGAUUAAAAUGUAUAAAGUAAGCUAUCUUUAGGUCCAUAAAAACUGCUAAUAAUAAGGAGGUUUCCAUACUUGGUGAAGUUUGACUUCAGCAGUAAACAUUACUUAAUUAUUUUGUCCAUUUUUCAGAUUGCUUUUCUUGACGAAAGAGGACUGAGAAAUCCAAACUGUACUGUUAGAAGUAGAUGCUGUUACUUGUUUUCAAGAUUUAUCAAAUCGCACAG